CGCGAACAAAUCUACGCAGUAAUAAGAAUUUUCACAACAAAGACAUUGCAAGGGAAUAAGAAAGGCCCGUAUUGGAAUAUUAAAGACACAGGGAAAAACAAGGAAGCUAGGACUAGAUAACGAGGACAUUUAAUAAUGGAGAAAUAUGUGUUUAUAUCUAUAGUGUAUAUAGUUUUGUAUUCGUGUGAUGGUAAACCAGCGACAGUAUCAGAAGGCCCUUGUGUUGGUCCAGAUUGUUAUCAUGGACAAUUAAUGCACGGUGAUCAAGAACCGGGUAUAGAUCAUAAAGCAGAAGACACGUAUCUUAGAAUUAAAGAUGAGCUUGCUGCUGGACAGGGAAAAUCAAAACCCGACACACCAGAACAAUUAGGUGUUGGUAAAAUGGAGGUCGAAAUAGGCACACAGGCUAAAGAAGAAAUCAAAAGGGGUAAAAUUUUACCAGUAGAUGCUGAAGCUAUGAUGCACGGUGGAGACCCUCAAGCUCACGAGCACAAGACUAAUCCAGAACACGAAGCGAAACCCGAUGAAAAUACAGAUAAUGUUAAAAGGGGUCCCAUUAUGCCCAUAGAUGCCGAGGGGUUGAUGCAUGGUGGCGAUGGAAGAGCUCAUGAACACGAAGCGAAACCCGAUGAAAACACAGAUAAUGUCAAAAGGGGUCCUAUUAUGCCCAUAGAUGCCGAGGGGUUGAUGCAUGGUGGCGAUGGAAGAGCUCAUGAACAUGAAGCAAAACCGGGAGAAAAUACAGAUAAUGUUAAAAGAGGUCCAAUUAUGCCCAUAGAUGCCGAGGGAUUGAUGCAUGGGGGCGAUGGGACAGCUCAUGAACAUGAAGCGAAAACCGCAGGAAGUGCAGAUAGUAUUAAAAGAGGUCCUAUUAUGCCUAUAGAUGCUGAAGCACUAAUGCAUGGGGGCGAUGGGGAAGCCCAUGAACAUGGAAAGGUCGUUGAAAAGGAAGAAGAGAGAAAGAACCUUGGACCAGGCGGUGAACAAUACUGGCACGGUGCUCUAAAUCAUGGUGAUAAAGAAUUGGGUGUUGAACAUCAUAAACAUGAUAAAGAAAAACAAAUCAACAAAUACGAUUUUGAUGCUGAUGAUAUCAAAACAAUAGCGGGCGUCGGUCAAAUUUUGGCUAAACUUGAUCUGGAAGCUAUGUUGAAAAAGAACUCCGAAGAAUACGCCAAAUGGAUGAAUGAUGGAGCGCCCGACGUGCGGGAUGAAAAUAGUCUUUGGAAUCAAAUCGAUCAAGUCCGUCAACGUUAUUUAUCAUUCGGUAAUCUUGGACAAGAAGAAGACGAAGAAAAGCGCGCUAAACGACUCAAUCCAAUGACUUCAGAAUGGGAAAAAGAUCUUUCAGAUGGUAGAGCCUCACAAAAAGACGAUAUCGUUAAUGGUCUAGAAAUGUUCGGCAACAUUGGUCCCGUAAAAACUAACAAAGGGAACUACAGAGCCAAUCGACCAAACGAAGAUCAUGUGACGCAUGAUGAGUCUUAAUUUGAUGUAAUUAAUAUAAAAGACACAUUACUUUUAAGAGUUUUUGAGAUUACAAUGGCGUUACGUACUUAUUCAGUUAAUUAAAUGUCAGAUACUUUUGUUACAUUAUGUUGUAAAUAAAACUAUUUUCUACAAAACA